AUCUUACUUCUAUUGACUGCUCUGGUUAGCGUACCUCGAAACAUGGCAAGCAACGGAGAAGGUGUCACCGUUUGGUUUCAAAGAGAAUUUUCUCUCCCCGCUAAACGAAGAGGUUGUCAUUAUAUUUCAGAAGAAAUACUUAAAGCUUGCAAAGAUGAAUUGAGUAAAAUCAAAAUAGGGACAGCUCACAUCCACAUUAAACACACAUCAGCCAGCCUGAUUUUAAAUGAGAAUUAUGAUCCUACUGUAUUAACAGAUAUGGAAAUGGUUUUAAACAGAAUAGCACCACAGGAUUGGAAGUACCAGCAUUCAUUAGAAGGACCAGAUGACAUGCCAGCUCAUGCAAAGGCAGCUCUUAUGGGCAGCAGUGUGACUGUCCCUAUCACAAAUGGGCAAUUUAAUUUAGGUACCUGGCAAGGGGUAUGGCUUUGUGAACAUCGUGACAGUGGCGGUUCCAGAAAGUUGGUGGUAACAAUGAAUGGUCUUAAAAAGUAACAAAACUGUACAUUGUGCUCAUGGAAGCGUGCAGUGCGUAAAGACAUUAUUUCCUCCCAUCUCUCCACAUUGACCAGUGAACACCAGAGUGAGGGAGAGGCGUAUUGUCAUCGAGGCAAAUAUUAAACUAGUAGAAAAUAAAGCAUAUGUUAAAGGAAGUUAAUGAAGACAGAACUAGACCUACCCGCUGCCUUUCAAUUGUUGUACUCCAAUUAUUUAAGCUGCUGUGUCUAUAGAAACUCAUUUUUAGCAAUAGAUUUUUUUAUCUUUUUUUAAAGAUUUGUGUAUGAUAAGGUAGUGUUAAAUACAAAGACAUUACGCAGGUACCCCCCUGACACUUUUUGUUGUUAUAGUUCUAGUAACUGAAAGGAUAUUUCAGCACAGAUCUAGAUCUAUAACCUUAACUCUUAUGUCUUAAUAAAAGAUUAUGCUUAGGUGUUGGGAGUGGUAGCCCUUGGCUUCUGAACCGAGAGGUUCCAAUCUCGAUGAAGAUUGGGAUUUUUAAUUCAUGAUUUUUUAGGAUGACCCUGGGCCACCAACUCUAAUGGGUACAUGUCUGCUCGUUUGGGAACGUAAAGUAGGCUAUUUGUCAUUGUACUAGCCAUGUAAGACCUUUGUGACUGCCACAAAAAAAAGGUGACAUCAUCUGCCCUAUAGAUUGCAUGGUCUGAACCCUAUUUCUACAACUCUCAAACUAGACUUGUGACAGUAUAUUUACUUUUUCACACAAAUUGUUGUUUUCGGUUACUGUAUUUUAAGCAAAAAAAAAGUUGUUAGAGAGUAACUGCACUUUGUAGUUAAUAAUGUGAGCCUCUUAAUGUAUUCAACAAGUUGUUUUAAUGUGUAUUUAGCCUUUUACUGGUUUCAUUGAUUGUAUGUAAUGUGAAAAAUCUAAACUUGCAUAGCAUGAUUUAUGAAUUGUUUCAAUUAAAUAAUUGUUUCAAGAAAGGCAAUUUGUAAGUGAUGUAUUCAAGGAUCUGGAUCAUUCACUGUAAUCCCCUGGAAAUGUGACACGCAUUUCAGAGAUUGCUGUGUUGAUAUGCGCAGGCGAAAUUCUCCAGCAGAAGUGUAUCAAGAGCUAGACCAAUAUGCUACUUAUUUCUACGUGCCAUAUAUGGCUAAUAACCAGACUAAAGAAAUUAUACCUUACUGGUACAUUAAGUGUAACUUCACAGUAUUGUUGAUCUACCCUUGUUAUUUGUAAAGAAAUAGUACCAGUUUUAAUCUUUUCUUUGUCUCCAAUCUAUAUUCCCAAUGCAGCAUUUACUUUCUCUCUCAUGAGACUGAAUCACCCUGAUAAAUCACUGGCGUUGAUCACUUCCCCUGGAGUUGGGUUAAAGAAUCUGGUGUGAUUAAAUUUUGAAGAGUCAGACUUUUUCCAGCAUCAUUCUGUAUAAGGGUCUUAUUUGUGCAGAACAUGCAUAUAUAUUUUAUUUAAACACAAUAGAUAUGUUUCAAAGAUGUAAAAUUUGCAUAAUUUUCUUUCAUUUUUCAAGAUAGUAAAAUAUCUGGUACUCAAUAUCAUGUCUAUAGUUAUUACUUUUUCUCAAUGUUUGACAUUAGGAAUAAAACAUAAGAAAAUU